AUGGGACUUGAGGAGCUGUGGAAGAGGAAGUGGCAGGAAGUAGCUCCGAGAAGUAGGAGUAGCUAUCGACACGAGGAUGGGCAUGGCGAAAGGGAAUUGCAACGAGAUUGGGAUAACCAGAGUAGAAGCAAGGAUUAUCAGAGCAAGAGUAAAGACUAUCGAAGUAGAAGCAGAGACGACCGGAGCAGAGACGACCGGAGCAGAGACGACCGGAGCAGAGACGACCGGAGCAGAAGCAGGAGGAAGGAGUCUCGCAGGGAUAAGAGGACGAAAAAGAGCAACGGCAAGAAAAGUUCGAGCGAUUCUGAUAGCGAGAGUGAGAGCAGUGACGACGAGGACGUGGAGGCAAGGUACUGCAGAGCUUGUGAGUUGGCGCUAGCCAAAUGUCGGAUCUGGAACGUACCCAAUCCAGCUGCACGGCUGGAGUCGCAAAAAUACUUCCUGAAGCCCCCAAUCUGCUUAAAACAUUUCCACAGCAAGGAUGUCGUUAAGGACGACGAGCUCAUCUCACCGGAAGACCUGUGGAAGGAAAUGAAAGCCAGAGAACCCUGUGACGUUUGCGAUGCAGCGAAAAAAGCAGCAAGGCCCCUUCCUUCGCCAUAUGAGAAUGCAAGGACGGAAGGGGAGAAAUACUUCUUACCGAUCCCAAUUUGUGCCAGGCACCGCAAGAGGGAGGAUAUUGUGUGUGAGAAUGAGAUAGUAUCGGUGAGGAAGUAUUGGAAGACUCUGAAAAAGAAAGAGGUCUGUAUGGCGUGUGAAGCGGCAAAGAAGUGGUGUAGUCCGCUCCAGAUGGUGAACAAUCAUGCUCUCACAGAGGGAGAGAGAUGGUUCUAUCCGAGCCCAUUAUGCUUAAGGCAUAAGGAUCGUAGGAAGAUUCUGGUUGACGCGGAGAUGAUCAAGAUGGAGGAUUACUGGAAGAUACGGGUGGAGGCUACAAGGGAGGAAGCCCGAAAGGUGGCGGAGAAGAAGAGAGAUAGUGGAUGA